CACGACCUCGCUCACCUGAACUUGCAAGCUGUUCAAAGUUGAAAUCAGCGAGCAAAUUUUAGCAUAGUUUCAAACUGAAAAAGUUUUGUGUUUAAACUUUAAACAAGUAGGAGAAAUUUGAUCAGCUGAGCUUUCUGUAUCGGAGCUCCACAUUCUGUAGUAGCAAAGUUUUCCAGCCUUCCCACUCAACACUGCUCCAAUCCCAUCGCCGAGCAAGCAAGUUCCAAACCCCAGAAACACUAUGGCCGAACAAACUUGCCUUGAUUUCGAUCCUGAAUCGUCGGUCUUCGAGAGAGAUCGGCACGUACUUUAUCUGCAGAUGAUGUAUCAGCUCCUGCCGUCGGCGUAUCAGGGCCAAGAAAUCAACCGCCUUACGCUCGCCUAUUUCGUUGUCUGCGGCCUAAACAUUCUAUCCGCCCUCGAUCGAAUUGACAAGGAAGAGGUGAUUAACUGGGUCCUGUCAUUACAAGCUCAUCCAAAAAACAGGGCCACACUAGAAAGUGGUCAAUUUUAUGGAUUUCAUGGAUCCAGGAGCUCGCAGUUUCAGUCCAAUGAUACUGGGGCAGCCAGCCUCAACGGUAGUCACCUGGCUAGCACUUACUGCGCGCUGGCCAUAUUAAAGACUGUUGGCUAUGAUUUAUCACUUAUAGAUGCUGAGUUGUUAUUGAGAUCAAUGAAAAACUUGCAGCAAGCUGAUGGAUGUUUUAUUCCCAUUCAUACUGGAGGAGAGGCAGAUCUUCGCUUCGUGUAUUGUGCUGCGGCCAUUUGUUCAAUGUUGAAUAACUGGAGCGGCAUGGAUCGGGAAAAAGCUAAGGAGUACAUAAUUAAUUGUCAGUCAUAUGACGGUGGUUUUGGAUUGAUUCCUGGUUCAGAAUCUCAUGGUGGUGCCACUUACUGUGCUGUUGCUUCUCUUAAACUGAUGGGAUUCCUUGAAGAAGAUUUGCCGUCGAAAAACAUUUGCUCUCAUAUCAUCAAUGUGCCAUUGCUUUUGGAUUGGAGCUUGCAGUACGGUGGUUUCAGUAAACUCCCAAGGUCGUUCCCAGAUCUUUACCACUCUUACUAUGGAUUUUGUGCAUUUAGUCUAUUGAAUGAACCUGGUGUCGGCUAUUUGUGCGUUGAGCUGGGUAUAGCAGAUGUUGCAGUACUUGGGCACGCUCCUUUCGCCUUUUUGUUCUCCCUCUUCAUUUCACUCUUUCCUUUCCGCCUGCCUCUGAAUUUCGUCGGAAAUCUAGGUUUCACUCCCGUUUUCUUUGUUUCUGAUGGCCUCACCGUCUCAAGCCAGCCUUCUUCUUCAGAAACAGCUCAAAGGUUCGAGUUAAAUUCUGAUGGUCUUAAUGAUCUACGCUUUUCCUAUGCAGAUCUGUGCAAAAACCCUGUGGAUGGUUUUUCUGCUGGUUUGCUAGACGAGAGUAAUCUGUUUGAGUGGAGUGUUACCAUAAUUGGACCUCCCGACACUUUGUAUGAAGGGGGAUUCUUCAAUGCAAUCAUGACAUUUCCCUCAAAUUAUCCAAACAGUCCCCCAACUGUGAGAUUCACUUCGGAGAUUUGGCAUCCUAAUGUUUACUCUGAUGGAAAGGUUUGUAUUUCAAUUCUUCAUCCCCCUGGAGAUGAUCCAAAUGGCUAUGAGCUUGCUAGUGAGCGAUGGUCUCCUGUCCACACGGUGGAGAGCAUUGUUCUAAGCAUCAUAUCAAUGCUGUCAAGCCCUAAUGAUGAGUCUCCUGCUAAUGUUGAAGCUGCUUUUAUUCUCAAGUUGGUUACUUUAACAAAGGAGUGGAGGGAACAUAGAGACGACUUCAAGAAGAAAGUUAGUCGUUGUGUGAGAAAAUCGCAAGAAAUGCUGUGACAAAUUCCCAAAUGCUGCUCAAGCUAUCCGAACAAAAAAAAAGGUCAGGUGUCAAGUGAAGAAUCUAACUUCUUCUGAAUCAACUUUUGCGCAAGCGAUGCAGUUUUAAAAGACGACAUCAAAAUUUUCUAUUGCUUCUAUGUUUUUGCUAAUUCUAUGCGAGUUGUGAAGUUUUAGACCAAGCCCAUAGCAUUAUUGGCUCAUUUCAAAAUGGAACUCUAUGGGGGAUCUUUGUUUGCUUUGCUGGUAUUGUGGCUUUUUGUUGUCUGCUCUUCUUGCCUUUGGUCUCGUUGUAGUACUUUGCAGUUUGCAUUAAUCUUGAGUUUGUUAAUUGAGCAAGCAUCGUUUUUAGUACUUCGCAUUAAUCAUAAAAUUGAGUUUGUUAAUUGAGCAAAAUAUUUUUAUCUUCAACAUGAAGAUUGCGUCCCUCAUAUAUCGUCAUAUUUCUUUUUAUGUCAAUAUUUUUUUUAAU